GGCAGUUUCAUUGUCCAACAGAGGGUCGCGAAUUCCUCAAUUGCACUCGCAGAAAACAAAUUUCUGGAUUAAAUCAGUUCUGAAAGUGAUCGUGUAGUCGACAACUUUUCGAGAGCAAAGAGCAUUCAUUCAUCAUUUUGCAACACUUUGGAUACUUUGUGCGCUGCAUUUGGCCUAAAUACAAGAAGUCUCAAUUAGCUGUGACGAAAUGAAUGAGGAUCGUGUGGCACAAACGUUCGUGGGAAGGGCGAUAUUCAUCACUGGCGGAUCGGGAUUCCUAGGAAAGGUGCUGAUUGAGAAGCUGCUGAGAGUGUGUCCUGACAUCAAGAAGAUCUUCCUGCUGAUGCGCACGAAGAAGGGAAAAGAUCCCAAACAGCGACUUCUCGAUAUCUUCAGCAAUCCACUUUUUGAUGGCCUGAAGGAGACUCAUGGAUUGGAGAUGCUCAUGGAUAAGUGUCAAGUAAUUGGGGGUGAUGUUACACUCGCGGAUCUAGGAAUCAGUUCAGAAGAUCGCCAGACGCUUAUUGAUGAGGUGUCGAUUAUUUAUCACUGUGCAGCCACAAUUCGAUUUGAUGAAACUCUGAAGAAGGCGAUUCUUCUCAACACCAGAGGCACAAAAUUGAUGAUUCAGCUUGCAAAGGACUGCAAGCACUUGGCAAUGUUUUGCCACGUUUCGACGGCUUAUUGCCACCUUCAUGAGAAACAUCUGCUAGAGAAGUCUUAUGAUCCUCCGGCAAAUCCACACAAAGUGAUCAAUUGUGUUGAAUGGCUAGACGAAUCAGUGGUGGAUGCGAUGACAGACAAGAUUCUCGGAAAUCUGCCCAACACGUAUGCCUUCACGAAGGCUCUGGGAGAAGGAUUGGUGGUGGAAACAAUGGACGACUUACCCUCCGUGAUCCUCAGACCGUCCAUCGUGAUUCCGAUCUAUCAAGAUCCUCUGCCCGGGUGGACCGACAACAUCAAUGGACCAACAGGUCUUCUCAUUGGCGCUGGAAAGGGUGUCAUCAGGACAAUGUAUUGCGACAGUGAUGGAUAUGGAGAUUACCUUCCUGUGGACAUUGCUGUCAAUUGUAUGCUUUUGGCUACAUGGAAUUUCAUUGAGAACAAUGAUCGCUCGAGAAGAAUCUACAAUGUUACCAGCUCGGCGGAAAUCAAGGUGUCCUGGAAUCAAGUGAUCGAGAUGGGAAGAGAGAUCGUGACGACAAAGGUCCCUCUGAAUGGGGUUCUCUGGUAUCCGGGAGGAUCAAUGAAGAACAAUCGUCUGUAUCACAAUUUCUGCAUGAUUUUCUACCACUUCGUCCCUGCGAUCUUCCUCGAUGCACUUCUCUUCUGUCUGGGCUAUAAACCGAUUUUGAUUAGGGUUCACAAGAGGAUACUUAAGGGUUUCCAAGUGUUUGAAUACUACGCCAACAAUCAGUGGGACUUUGACAAUUCCAAUGUACAAUACUUGAGAACGGUGAUAAACAAAAAAGAGAAGGAAUUGUAUAAGAUCGACGCUGAGGAUCUCGAUAUGAUGGCAUACUUUGAGAAUUGCAUCAAAGCCGCCCGAAUUUACAUUCUCAAUGAGGCUGAGGACACGCUUCCGGCAGCCAGAAGACACAUGAGGAUAAUGUGGUGGGUUGACAAAAUCUGCAAACACAUCAUCAUGGGAAUAUGCCUGUACUACGUUGCUCUAUACUUCUACAACGUGAUCUUCGACGACGAAACACCACAGGACCUCCUGCAGAAGGCUAUAGAGACCUAAGAUCGUUUUUCAUAAGGCUGUAAUGAAUAAUAAUGAGGGGUACUCGGCGAAGCAAGUUUGAGAAGUAAAUAGUAAAUACGAUAAGAAUUCUAGUCGAUUUUUUACUAUUGAACUCACACAAUCAAGAGCAAAAGUAGAGGCCCAGAAAAAUUGCUGUAAGUGGUUUAAAACUUCUAAAAGCUGUUCUAUAUAUGUAAGACUCUGGGGUUAUUUGAUGUGCUUCCUAUCAAUUUUAUAAAAUAAAGAAUGGAAAUUCGUA